AAAAAAGGUCAUUAUCUCACACAAAAAAAAAAACAAACCCUUCUCCUCUUGUUGUUUUGCACUCUCUCCAUCUCCGCCGCUGAGGACGAGACAAACCCCGUAACUUGAUGUCCUCACCAUAACGCCGUUAAAUCUGAGUCCGUUAGGAAACGGAAAAACCAUAAGUAAAAUUAUAUUCCGUCUCAAUGGCUCUGGAACAACAGUUGGGGUUGAUUGUUACCGCUGUCGACGGAGACGGUAACGGCGAAGGCGGUGGUGUUGGUGUUGGUGGUGGAGAGAACAGUGCGUUGUCAAACGAAGUCGGAGACGACGGCGUCAAGACGUCGAGGCUGCCGCGGUGGACGAGGCAGGAGAUUCUGGUGCUGAUCCAGGGGAAGAGAGUGGCGGAGAGCAGAGUCCGGCGAGGGAGAGCGGCGGGCAUGGCGCUCGGGUCGGGUCAGAUGGAGCCGAAGUGGGCUUCGGUGUCGUCUUACUGCAGGCGCCACGGGGUGAACAGAGGGCCGGUUCAGUGCCGGAAGAGGUGGAGCAACCUCGCCGGAGAUUACAAGAAGAUCAAGGAGUGGGAGUCUCGGGUGACGAAGGAGGAGACGGAGUCGUAUUGGGUGAUGAGGAACGAUGUUCGCAGGGAGAGGAAGCUUCCUGGUUUUUUUGAUAAGGAAGUGUACGAUGUUGUAGACGGCGGCGUGGUUCCUCCGGCUCUUGCGCUUGGUUUGGCUCCGGCGACGGCGUCGGUGGAGGUGGAGCCGGAGGGGUUGUUGUCUGAGUUAGAACGGAGAGAACCGGCGCCUAAGUCACUUCAGGAUGUUAUUGACAAGGAGAAGCAAGCAGCGUGUGAAGCAGAACAAGGUGGAGUGAAAGAGAAAGAGAAAGAUACAGAAGCAGUAAACCCGGAAGCUGGAUCAACAUCACAAGAAGCAAGAAAGCGUAAACGAACAUCUGGUGGUGAAGAUGAAGAAGAAAAAGAAGGAGAAGCGAGAGAGAGCAUGCAGAACCAGUUGAUACAGAUACUGGAAAGAAACGGACAGUUGUUAGCGGCACAGCUUGAAGUUCAGAAUACAAACUUAAAACUAGACAGAGAGCAAAGGAAAGAUCAUGGUGAUAACUUAGUCGCUGUUCUCAACAAGCUAGCAGAUGCUGUGGCAAAAAUAGCAGAUAAGUUGUAGAUAGAUAUGUGUAGAUUUGGUCGUAUAUAUUGCUUCCAGAUUACUUCUCAUUAUUAAUCUUUUUUUUCUCAUUUACCAUCAUUGUUGAUUGAAUAUUGAUGCUACCAGAGGAGAGGCUAUACAUGUUAUAUAAACAUGGAGAUUUAUUCGGUUUUA